AUGGACUUGUACCUAAGCAACUGUUUAAAGGCUGCAGCCUCUGCAGCCUCCAAAGCGGCUUCCGACAACGUAAAAUCUGACAAAGAGACUUGUAAAACCAAAAAGAACGCUAUCAUUCCAAAAAUAGGACCAUCUAGUCUACUGGAUUUGCCUCUUGGGGCCAAACUGCCUAUUAUUCCGGGAAGUACUAAUAUAUUCUACACAACAAAUCUAAGUGAAAAGCUUUAUCGGCCUUCUUUUGCUUUUAAUCUUAGUGAUCCUUACUGCAAACUCAUGGAAACCACCUACAAAAGUCUUCACGAUCCACACCUAAAAUCAUACUUCAAACGAAAAGACAUCCUCAAAAAACUAAGACAGGGAGGCUACAUCACCAGCAAUAACAAGGUUGUAUGUUCCUUAAAAGAGCUGAACAAAUACCGACAAUAUCUUACUACUUUAAAAAUUGACUUUGAACGAAACUAUAUCAGAGAGCAAAAAAUCAUAGAAAAUCAAGUGAAGAAACUGAACGAAGAGAAACGGGCCUGUGACAACACCACCGCUGCUGAGUUUCAGCGGUGGUUGUUACAAGAAGGGAAAAAACCUGGCCCGCAACAAGACCGACUGCUGAAACUCAGACAUUUGCGCAUGAUUCAAAAAGAACUGGACAAAAUUGAAAACACCUCGGAAAGGCGAAACACAUUGCAAUUGAACGAAGAAGACCAACAACAUUGGGAUACUCUUAGAAGGAGACUGAACCUACGCACAGACGUUGACGAGGAAUGGAAAUCCAAGGAAAUGGCACUUCUAACAAGGAUUGGAGAAGAAGUGAAAAGGGAGAGCAAAGCUGAUGAAUACCGCCAGAAAAUCAGAGAUGAAAUUAACCGAAAGAAACAAGUGAUGCUUCACAAAAGAAUUGCCUAUCAUCUGCAAAAACUCCAAAAGAAGGACAGUAAAGAAGAAAGUGGAAAAGCAAGAAUCCUUGAAACUGAAAGACAAUCUGAAAUAGCUGCAUUGUCUACUCAGAAGAAAUCAAGCGUUUCAGAUCCAAGAACAUCUCAAGAACACUUGGAACAAAAACCAUCUACAUCAAGUUUAAGAACAAGUAUUUCCGACCAAGAGCUAUUACAGGAAUCAAGAGAGUCAAGAUCUACCUCGCAUACCACAAAAACCAGUUUUGACGAAGAGAAACCUUCAUUUUACGGACUUCUGGAGACAAACUUUUCUCCAACAGAUACAAGGACACCGAGUUUGCCUGAGGUGCAGACAUUUCAAGAAUUUUUGGAGCCCAAACAUUACUAUCAUUCUAGUGAGAAGAGUGGGAGUUUUGCUGAGCAGACGUUUCAUGAGCCGACUGAACAAAAAUAUGGUUCGGCAAAUGCAAGAAGAACCAGUUAUAGUGGCCAGAAAUUCAUUGAUGACCUUCUAGAAGCAAAAUAUCUUUACCCAAAUACUAUGCGAAGAAGUCUCCCUGAUCACAGACUGGCGGGAGACAAUCUAGAACCAAAAUCAACUUCAUCAAGCACAAAGAAAAGAAGUGUUUCAGACCAGAAACUGUUUUAUGAAACGAUCAAAAUAAAAUCUCCACAAAAUGUGAAGAAAUCAAGUUUCUCUGAAGAGGAAUCAUUUCUACAACUCAUGGAGGCAAUAACACCUCGACAAUAUGUAAAGAAAACAAGUUUUGCUGACGAGAAGUCAUCUCAGGAAUCUCUGGAAUCCAAAAGGUCAACCCAACAGUCUCAAAGUAACAUUAAGGUUUUUAUUAAGACAUCAACAACUUUACCACCCCCACUGAGGGACGUACAAAAUCCAGCCGAGCAAAAGUGGUACUCAGACAUCUUGGGAAGUUCGUUAGCAGCAGAUAUUCACAAUGAAACCUCUGGUGUCUACAUAGAUUGCUUCUAG